AUGACUAGCCGACGAUCCCGGACAGGUAAAGCCUUACCUCUAAGAAAUUACGAGCUCCGCCUCAAGCCAUCAAAAUGCGUGUUUGAGGGACAUCGAUCAUUCAACGCUCCUUCAAUAUGCGACCAUAGCCACAUUGUCCUUAAUCACCCGGCAUCGCUUUUCUCGUAUCUGGUGCCGACCAAUUCUCCUACCAUGCAACCUCACCCGCUUGCAUUCUUGCUCGGGUUCACAUCUCGGAGAAAGAAGAAGGGCGAGCGUUCGCCACCCAAGCCCCUCCCACCACGAUCUCGUCGUCUGACUGUGGGCGAAAUCCCAUCUUUGGAGGAACCCUCCAGCGACCCUCUGCCCCCACCCACAAUAGCACAUCCCCAGGAAGUGUCCCCGAUAUUUCUUCUUCCCACCGAGCUACGCCUCCAGAUAUACACUCUCGUCCUUGGCAAUCGCAACAUCCACCUCGGUCUCGAGACGCAGGAUGAUAAUCGUCUUUCACCAUACCUACGGCACUAUCACUGCAAAUACGGACGGCAAGAUCUGUUCAUAGAUCCAUGGCAUAAUUGUUGGUCCCCCCGAGGUGGCAGACCCAAAGAUCCUGUACAGAAGAUCCUGAGUCUGCUCUUGACAUGCCGACUGGUAUAUUCUGAGGCAAUCAACCUGCUGUAUUCGGCAAACACCUUUCAGUUGGAGAACUUGCAUCUUGUCAAGCAUCUUCAUACGCUAGUCCUACCGCAAAGGUUACAAGCCAUGCAGCGUCUGGUGCUCAUUUUACGUUUCGACAGAUUUCCACUCGCACCGAACGAGAUAGAAGACAAUGAGCUGUCACAAGCGAUGGUUUGGAAGACAUUGUCGGAACUGAAGGGAUUACGGGAAGUACAUUUGCAUUUACAGGCAGCCGAGACGGAUGAUCGCAUGUGGAGAGACGAUGGUAGUUGCAGAGAAGCAUUGAGAACUCAGAUAAGGCCACUGGUAGAGAGGCUAGAUGUUUUUAGGGUAUGGUUGCCAGUCAUGAAGAUCUUGACAUGGGAAGGCAUGGAAAGCGAUUCCUUUGCGGUGUGGCCGUCUUAAUAAAGUUGCGAAUGACAGCCGAUAUGAACACACUCGUCCCAUGAUAGUCUGACAAGAAGUGAACGAGAGAUUGUGAACAAACAAUGCGCUAAAGGCUAGAAGUACUAGAUAUGUCAUAUAUAGACACUAUCUAGACACGAUUCGAUACACACUAAUGGUCAUGGGCUGCUUCUCCGGGCAUAUUACCCAUUAGUGCCUUCACAACCAUUCCCUUCUGCUCCUCCGAUAAGCUCGUACCUUCAGGAAAGAAAGUUGAGUUGAAGACCGGCCCCCACAUCGCCAUAUCUGCCUCUUUUCCGCCAUCGCAGCUUUCUUCGUCAAAAAAUGCAGCGAGAGACCCC